UCUGCCAGUAGUGAACACACCAGGGCAACAUCCUCCAUCCUCUCCUAAGCAUAAAGUGGCUUUUUAGCAUUCGCUUUGCCUAGUCUCUGGAAAACAUCUGAAUCAUUUUAACUAACUCCAGCUGUCGUCUUGCUGUGGGUGUGUGAGAAAGUGCAUGCCCGUCUCUGAAUGAGAACGAGGGGUUACGUUUUGAUUUACCCCCCUCACAGAAAGUUUUUAGUUUGUUUUUUAGUCUGUUUUUUUCUCGGGAUGAAUACAGAUACGCGUGUCUCUUAUCGCGAUAUGACAUCCAUGGAUUCAUAUUAUUCACCAUUAUCAGGUCAAGGGAGAAUUCAGCAGGCCAACCCUUACAGGGCUUUACAGCCGAGCGAGGCAAAAUACAACCACACUUUUCUGUCCGCCAAAGGUCAGCCUAACGAAGACAAAUCGCGGAGUCCUGUCCGACAGGAGUGCCAGUCUCCUGAUGAUAUCACACCCGAGAGCGUUUAUAACAAAUACCAUCUUUUCAUACAAAAACCCUUAUAUAAAACACAUCAAGAGAGCAAAAUACUUCAGGACGACUGCUAUGGUAAAGAUGGGGCUGGACUAACAGACACCGAGCUGUCUCAAUCUCGUGGCACAGAAAUGGAUGCUUGUUACCUCAAUGUGAAAGGCCCUGGGGUCAAAAGCCCAUCAGAGCGUCCUGUCUCUGAGCUUGGAAGUCAUCUGGAAAAGAGCAAACUAGAAAACAAGAGCAAAAAAAGGCGUAACCGUACCACCUUUACUAGCUAUCAGCUGGAGGAGCUGGAGACGGUUUUUCAGAAGACACACUACCCAGAUGUCUAUGCCCGGGAGCAGCUGGCUCUCAGGACAGAUCUCACAGAAGCAAGGGUGCAGGUGUGGUUUCAGAAUCGCAGGGCCAAAUGGAGGAAAAGAGAACGAUUUGGACAGAUGCAACAAGUCCGGACGCACUUCUCAACAGCCUAUGAACUGCCACUGCUUACACAGCAAGAAAAUUAUGCACAAAUUCAAAACCCUUCAUGGUUAAGUGGAAGCAGCUCGGCAUCACCGGUGCCUGGAUGUGUGGUACCCUUUGAUACAGCAGCGUCUUGUAUGAACCCUCACCCUCAUUCUGCUAGCGGUGUGUCUGAUUUCCUGGGCAUGGGACAAACACACCUUGGCAGUCUUUUUGGCAAACCGGGAGCAGGUGGAAACUUUAAUGGCUUUGAACUCAACGUCGAGCCCGAUCAUAAAUCCUCCAGCAUCGCCAGCCUGCGUAUGAAAGCGAAGGAGCACAACGCUACGAUCUCGUGGGCCACAUGAUGCCCUCAUCUGGGACACAGAAGACCAGACAACCUCAGCCCUGAGCUGUCAGCACUAAUGAGGUGAAAGUUUAUGCCAUCUGGAGCCAAUAUGGACCAGAGGAAUCAAGGCUAGGAGCAAAUAAGAGCCUUAACUUUGAACAUUUUGUAGAGAAACUGAAUGGUCGAGCAGGACAGAGAGCUUAAAUGUGAUCUGAUGGACCAGUUACAAAAUGUUAACUUUCAUUAAAAAACUGAAUUCCCGCAAUUAGAUGCGGGAAUAAUAUGCAUCUAUAUUGACACCAGUCUGCUACUUUAUUCGGCUCAGAAUUCUUAGCACGGUUAGUAUUGAUGCCAAUGAGCAACCUUCCGGUCUCUGUCGUGAAGCCAACGUGGAAGUGGCUUAAACUGCAAAUUCAUUGACUGUUCCGCUAGAGACUGUUAAUCCCAUAGACCCCCAUGUUAAAAUGUCCAACUUUACAGCAGAAAUAAAUAUGUU